AUGUCUACAGUACCUUCAAACCAUCCAUAUUAUAAGGAAUUGGAAAUUGCAUCUAUAGCAGUUAUGAGAACCUCGAUCUUGACAAAGGAAUUGAGUGACUCAAUUGCUACUACGCAAAAGUCUGGGACACAUACGAAAGAUGAUAAGUCCCCUGUCACUAUCGGAGACUAUGCAUCUCAAGCUAUUAUCAACCAUGCGAUUAAACUCAACUUUCCAGAAGACGAAAUUGUAGGUGAAGAAGAUGCGGAAGUAUUAAGAAAGGAUAAUGCUGAAGGGAAGGACUUAAGUGCUAAAGUAUUAGAAAUUAUUUCGGAUGUGCAAUCCCAAACCAGCCAAUACAAUGAUAGAUUAGGAAAACUCGAAAAUGAGGCUGAAAUAUAUGAUAGUAUUGAUUUGGGUAAUUCCCAAGGUGGCUCCAAGGGACGUUUCUGGGCGUUAGAUCCAAUUGAUGGUACCAAAGGGUUUUUAAGAGGUGACCAAUUUGCGGUUUGUUUAGCGUUGAUAGAGGACGGAAAAGUCGUGUUAGGAGUUAUUGGAUGUCCAAAUUUACCAGCUACGGUUAUUUCUAAUGAGGAAAUGAGUGGCACAAAAGGAGGCUUAUUCUCUGCUGUUAGAGGUGUAGGUUCUUUCUACUCAAAUUUAUUUGAUAAACAAGAUUUCACGCCGUUAGCCGAGCAAGAAAAGAUCAAAAUGACUCAACAUACUUCACCAGAAUCAUUAAAGGUUGUUGAAGGUGUAGAAAAGGGCCAUUCUUCUCACUCAACUCAAUCCCAAAUAAAGGAUAAGUUAGGUUUCAACAAUGAAACGGUUUCAAAGCAAACUAUUAAUUUAGAUUCGCAAGUUAAGUACUGUGUAUUGGCAAAAGGACAAGCUGACGUAUAUUUGCGCUUGCCUAUCAGUGACACAUAUCGUGAAAAGAUUUGGGACCAUGCUGCUGGUAAUAUCUUAGUUUACGAAAGUGGCGGACUUGUAGGAGAUAUUCAUGGUAACGAAUUGAACUUCGGAAAUGGAAGACACUUGAAUUCUCAAGGGGUAGUUGCAGGUAAUAAAUCAGUUUUUAAGAAAGUGAUUGAAGCUGUUGGUGAUGUUUUACAAGCAUGA